CGCCGGCCGGCGACACGGCCGCGAGCGUCGCUCCAGAAGUUGUGCCUCGCGCGGAAGGUCUUCCUGGAACAAAGGCCUCGCAGGAGCCGCGCGCGCUUUGUGUUCGAGGCCGUGUGGUGGUGGGACGCUCGCCGUGAACAAGUGGCUUCGUGCAGCUGCAACAAAGCAACAGAAUCACGGCAUGAAACCGUCCCCUGUAACGCCCGCGUUUCCGGAGGACUUUCGCUCGCUGUUUUUGGAAUGCAAUGGGCUGUGUUCGCACGGGGGCUGGGUCUGUGGGUAUUUUGCUGUUAGGAGACACAGCUGCAAAACCCUUUAUGGCAGACCUGAAAAAGAUUGGCAGCCACCAUUUGCGUGUGACGUUGACAAGCUUCAUUUUACCCCACGUAUCCAGAGGCUGAAUGAAUUGGAGGCUCAAACUCGUGUAAAAUUGAAUUUCCUGGACCAGAUUGCAAAGUACUGGGAGUUACAGGGAAGUACUCUGAAAAUCCCACAUGUGGAAAGAAAGAUCUUGGACUUGUUUCAGCUUAAUAAGUUAGUUGCAGAAGAAGGUGGAUUUGCAGUUGUUUGCAAGGAUAGAAAAUGGACCAAAAUUGCCACCAAGAUGGGGUUUGCUCCUGGCAAAGCUGUGGGCUCCCACAUCAGAGGACAUUACGAGCGUAUUCUCAACCCCUACAACCUGUUCCUGUCUGGAGAUAGUUUGAGGUGUUUGCAGAAGCCAAACCUGGCCACAGACACAAAGGACAAGGAGUACAAGCCCCAUGAUAUUCCCCAGAGGCAGUCUGUGCAGCCCUCGGAAACGUGUCCCCCAGCCCGACGAGCAAAACGCAUGAGAGCAGAGGCCAUGAAUAUUAAAAUAGAACCAGAAGAGACAACAGAAGCCAGAACUCAUAACCUGAGACGUCGAAUGGGUUGCCCAACUCCAAAAUGUGAAAAUGAGAAAGAAGUGAAAAGCAGCUUCAAGCAAGAACCCAUGGAGAAGGAGCACGUGAUAGAAAGUGAGCGGGAGAAGGCCAGGAGUCGGCCCAAGAAAACCACCAGCGCAGUGGACCUGUAUGUCUGCCUCUUGUGUGGCAGUGGCAAUGACGAGGACCGGCUUCUCCUGUGUGAUGGGUGUGAUGACAGUUACCACACCUUUUGCUUGAUCCCGCCUCUCCAUGAUGUUCCCAAGGGAGACUGGAGGUGUCCUAAGUGUUUGGCUCAGGAGUGUAGUAAGCCACAAGAAGCAUUUGGCUUUGAACAAGCGGCCCGGGACUAUACCCUUCGCACUUUUGGGGAAAUGGCAGAUGCGUUCAAAUCCGAUUACUUCAACAUGCCAGUCCAUAUGGUUCCCACAGAACUUGUUGAGAAAGAAUUUUGGCGACUGGUAAGCACUAUUGAAGAGGAUGUCACAGUAGAAUAUGGAGCCGAUAUCGCCUCCAAGGAAUUUGGCAGCGGUUUUCCUGUCCGAGACGGGAAGGUCAAACUUUCCCCUGAGGAAGAGGAGUAUCUUGACAGUGGCUGGAAUUUGAACAACAUGCCCGUGAUGGAGCAGUCUGUCCUGGCCCACAUCACUGCUGACAUCUGUGGCAUGAAGCUUCCCUGGCUGUACGUGGGCAUGUGCUUCUCUUCGUUCUGCUGGCACAUUGAAGACCACUGGAGCUACUCGAUUAACUACCUGCACUGGGGUGAGCCGAAAACCUGGUAUGGCGUCCCAGGGUAUGCUGCCGAGCAGCUGGAAAACGUCAUGAAGAAGCUCGCCCCUGAGCUCUUUGUGUCCCAGCCAGACCUCCUCCACCAGCUUGUCACCAUCAUGAACCCCAACACCCUGAUGACUCACCAAGUGCCUGUUUACCGGACUAACCAGUGUGCUGGGGAGUUUGUGAUCACGUUUCCGCGAGCCUACCACAGUGGCUUCAAUCAAGGCUUUAAUUUUGCUGAGGCCGUUAACUUCUGCACUGUGGACUGGCUGCCGUUAGGCCGUCAGUGCGUGGAGCAUUACCGCCUGCUUCACCGCUACUGUGUGUUUUCCCACGACGAGAUGAUUUGCAAGAUGGCUUCCAAGGCUGCCGUGCUCGAUGUUGUGGUGGCAUCGACCGUUCAGAAGGACAUGGCUGUCAUGGUUGAGGAUGAGAGAGCUUUAAGAGACGCUGUGCGUAAGUUGGGAGUAAUUGACUCGGAAAGGAUGGAUUUUGAGCUGUUGCCAGAUGACGAGCGUCAGUGUAUAAAAUGCAAAACCACGUGCUUCAUGUCUGCCAUCUCCUGCUCUUGUAAACCUGGCCUGCUUGUUUGCCUGCAUCAUGUGAAGGAGCUGUGUUCCUGUCCUCCUUACAAGUACAAACUGCGGUAUAGGUACACUCUGGAUGACCUCCACCCCAUGAUGAACGCACUGAAGCUUCGGGCAGAAUCCUACAAUGAGUGGGCCUUGAAUGUGAACGAGGCUUUGGAGGCAAAGAUCAACAAGAAGAAAAGCCUUGUCAGCUUGAAAGCUUUAAUUGAAGAAUCUGAAAUGAAGAAAUUCCCGGACAAUGAUCUCUUGCGUCACCUUCGCUUAGUCACACAGGACGCGGAGAAGUGUGCCUCCGUUGCACAGCAGUUGCUCAAUGGCAAAAGGCAGACCAGAUACCGAUCUGGUGGAGGGAAAUCCCAGAAUCAGCUGACGGUGAAUGAGCUGCGACAGUUUGUGACGCAGCUGUAUGCUCUUCCCUGUGUCCUCAGCCAGACACCGUUGCUAAAGGAUCUCUUGAAUCGUGUAGAAGAUUUCCAACAGCACAGCCAGAAAUUGCUCUCUGAGGAGAUGCCCAGUGCUGCCGAGCUGCAAAGCUUGCUGGAUGUCAGCUUUGAAUUUGAUGUUGAACUUCCCCAGCUUGCUGAGAUGCGCAUCCGUGUGGAGCAGGCUCGCUGGCUAGAAGAGGUGCAGCAAGCUUGCCUAGACCCCAGCUCCCUUACGUUAGAUGAUAUGAGACGUCUCAUAGACCUCGGGGUGGGCCUGGCCCCAUAUUCAGCUGUGGAGAAAGCUAUGGCCCGGCUUCAGGAGCUGCUCACAGUGUCAGAGCACUGGGAUGACAAAGCCAAGAGUCUCCUCCGAGCCAGACCGCGGCACUCGCUCAGCAGCCUUGCCACGGCUGUGAAGGAGAUCGAGGAGAUCCCUGCGUACCUGCCCAGCGGGGCGGCUCUGAGAGACUCUGUCCAGAGGGCCAGGGACUGGCUUCAGGACGUGGAGGCCCUGCAGGUUGGAGGACGUGUGCCAGUGUUAGACGCACUUGUAGAACUCGUUACGCGAGGCCGCUGUAUCCCGGUACAUCUGAAUUCUUUACCAAGACUGGAAUCACUAGUAGCUGAGGUUCAGGCUUGGAAAGAGUGUGCUGCCAAUACGUUCCUGAUUGAGAAUUCUCCCUGCUCUCUCUUGGAGGUGCUGUGUCCUCGGUGUGAUAUCGGCCUUUGGGGAUCGAAGAGGAAGCAGAGAAAGUUAAAGGAGCCCUUGCCAAGUGGAAAGAAGAGAAGCAGCAGCCUGGAGAGUCUGAGUGACCUGGAGAGGGCCUUAGCCGAGAGCAAGGAGACGGCCGCCGCUAUGGCAGCACUGGGGGAAGCUCGCCUAAGGGAAAUGGAAGCCAUGCAGUCUCUCAGACUAGCCAACGAGGGAAAGUGGCUGUCGCCUGUCCCGGACGUGGAGACGAAGAUCUGCGUGUGUCAGAAGGCGCCAGCCGCCCCAAUGGUCCAGUGCGAACUCUGCAGGGAUGCCUUCCACACCAGCUGCGUGGCGGUCCCCGGCGCUGCGCAGGGCCCCCGCGUCUGGCUCUGCCCCCACUGCCGGCGGUCUGAGAAGCCCCCGUUAGAGAAGAUCUUGCCCCUGCUGGCCUCGCUGCAGCGCAUCCGCGUCCGGCUUCCCGAGGGGGACGCGCUGCGGUACAUGAUCGAACGGACCGUGAGCUGGCAGCACAGAGCCCAGCACCUGCUGUCGUCCGGGAGCCUCAGGGCUGCGCACGGCCGCACGGGCCCGGGACUGUCCCAGAGCAAGCGGCAGGCCCCGGCAGGGCUGGCGGCAGAGACCAGCAAGGUGUGUCCGCCUCCCGGGACGACUUCCUCUUCCUCGCCUGAUGACCGAGACUGCAGAACCUCUUAUUCGCCCUCUCCCUUUUUUACUGGACGCAGUUGCAUCCCCCUCCAUGGUGUCAGCGCCGAAGUGAGUGAAUUGCUGAUGGAGGCGCAGCUGCUCCAGGUGUCCCUCCCUGAAAUCCAGGAACUGUACCGGACUUUGCUUGCGAAGCCCAGCCCUGCGCAGCCAACUGGCCAGAGCUCCCCAGUCAGACUCAGCAGUGAGAAGAACGAAGGCUGCCGCGGGAAGCGAGACGGGCUCAACGGCCUGGAGAGGAGACUGAAGAGGCGCCUGGACAGAGAAGGUUUUGCCAGCGAGCGGAGGGAUCGAGUGAGGAAAAUGCGGACCCCCAGGAAGAAGAAACUCAAACUGAGCCACCCCAAGGACACGGACAAUGUCCAGUUAGCGAGAGAGCGUGGCUCCGAGGCAGCCCGCUCUGCCGAAACCCAUUCCCUGCCCUCAGACACGUCCUAUUCUGAGCAGGAGGACUCUGAGGAUGAAGACGCCAUCUGCCCGGCUGUGAGCUGCCUGCAGCCGGAAGGAGACGAGGUGGACUGGGUCCAGUGUGAUGGCAGCUGCAACCAGUGGUUUCACCAGGUCUGUGUUGGUGUUUCUCCAGAGAUGGCAGAGAAGGAAGACUACGUCUGUGUGGGCUGCACUGUGAAGGACGCGCUGAGCCGGAAGUAACCCCACUCAGUACUCACUGUCAUUCAGGACUCGCCCACGACCCCGUCAGUUCUCUGCAAAGCUGCAGGACUGGGGCCCAGACCAGCCUGUAAACGGUGCUAUUUCUAUUCCUUAUGGAUCGUUUUUCCAGAACUCUUUGAAAAAAAGAAAAAACAACUAAAAAAAUUUUUGACACCUUUUGUAUUUUUUCCCCUAAAGAGCUGUUUGUGGUUGUCGAGGUUUGCAAUGCUGACUGUUUCUGCAGGGUUUCCACAAUUUGGAAGGCAGUGGAGCUCACACCUCUUCAUGCCCAGCGUAAAAUCCGACCUCUGUCUGGGAUUUACCGGCUUAACGAGUCCAACUCAGUCUCAGUGCCCAGAGGGCACCAGAAAUUCCAGUAAAUCCUCAUUUGAGGAAUUUCUCUUGUUUACUCUGUUACCAUAUUGGGGAGCUUAAGUUUUUCACUUUUGGGGUUUUUGUUUGUUUCUUUACCCACUUUUCUUUUCCCUCAUAGACUAGGUUUAUUUAUCUAAGCAAUAACUUCUAUGUUGGUUUCAGUGGCUGGAAUUAAAACAAAACAAACUUCCAAAUGGUGUGUUGGUGCUUCGGCAAUCGGUUGAUGUGCAGAACGCAGACGUCUGGUUUCUUGUGUCACCGAUGAGCUGGUGGCGUGGAAAAGGGACUGCUCUGAGCGCUCGCACAGCUGUAGCUGACUUUCCUCCUGCCUCUCCUUCCUCUCCUGUUCUUUGGUAGCUUGUAUCAAAUGUUGCAGUUCAUAUUGUGAAUAAAUCCUUGGUCCUAACAGAACACUACAUGCUGCUUAUUUCAGCCGCUGGACUGCGGCCCCUUCCUCCCUGUGCCAGGGGGCUGCCUGCUUUUGCCUCUGCUCAGCCAGGCUGCAGACGGGAGCCUGCAAACGCCAGGGACUCCUGCGUCCCGCUCCGCUGUGGGCCACAGAGCCGUCAGUCCCCAGUGAUAAGCACCCCCCAACCCCCAAGUCUUCAAGGAGUAGAGUCUGUCUCUGAAGCCAUGCUCCCUUAGAAUGUGGCCAGGACUCUCCCAGAUCCCGUCAGCCCUCCUGUGGGAUGACGUUGCGUCAUAUCUGAGCUCACAGGGAGUCGGCUUAGGAUUCAGUGUCAGAGGAACUGACAGGCUUGGCAAGUGUGGGUUGAGUGAGGGAGGCUGGAGCAGCUGGGCUCUGCCCUCCCGAUGCCGCCUGUCCUCCUGACCCUGGCCGUCGCCAUGCUUGUGGGUGGCCCAUAGCUCCUUUGCUUAUAAAGGACAGCUCUGCAGUGGAGCAGUCAGUCUGGUGAUCAGAACAGAAUCCUGCUUGCUUUUUCCUGUUCUGUUGCUAAUACUGGUUUUCUCCACACUCUAUAGCCAUAAACCUGAAGGUGGGUAGAACUAGUGGAUCUUUAAUAAAAAAAAACAACAACCCAGAAACGGCAGUGAUGUGGCAGAGUUUCAAUGUACUAACCCCUUUUAUGCAGUUCACGCCAUUAAAUCUCUUUAAGAAUGACUCCA